AUGCAGACUGAUUCUACAAACAUUUGUGAACAAAUGGAUCGCUCUCAGGAGCUCAAUGAAUUAAGGCGUUCUACCGUGAUAGGUUGCCACCUGUGCAAUAAGUCCAUCCAUGAAAUUUCCUUGCUACUAAAUAUUGUACAGUCAACUGUUAGUGGUAUUAUAACAAAGUGGAAGCAACUGGGAACAACAGCAACUCAGCCACGAAGUGAGCGGGGUCAGCGCAUGUUGCAGCACACAGUGCACAGAAGUUGCUAACUGUCAAUAGCUAAAGACCUCCAAACUUUGUGUGGCCUUCAGAUUAGCACAAUACAAAUGAGAAUAGAGCUUCAUGGAAUGGGUUUCCAUGGC